UGGGCGAAGCUGCUUCUUUCCUGGGCUCCUCACUUGUGGCUGGAGGGUGUGGAUUGCACUUUCCUGGAUCUACUUCAGCACUAAGAUGCCAGGGCUCCAUCUUCCCAGGAAGGCACAGAUUCCCUUAGCUCCACCAGAUCUUCUGGAGUUUCUGUUACCUCUCUCUCCAUCAUGGCUCAGCACAGAGCUGGUGAAUGGGCUGGGACCUGGGUCCCCUUUUCAGGUACCCACGUAUGAAGUACUACUUAAGCCCUGACAACUACCCUGAAGAUGGAAUUAUGAAUAUGGCAGCUUUUCUGCGGGGCUUUGAAGACAAAAGGAUAAAAAACGACCUGCCUGAGGACCAGUUCAGUAAAGAGAAAAAGAAAAUCCUGUUCUCCUUCUGUGAGGUGUGCAACAUCCAGCUGAACUCUGCCGCCCAAGCCCAGGUCCAUUACAACGGCAAAUCCCACCGCAAGCGGGCCAAGCAGCUGAGCGAUGGGCAGCCCCAGCCCCCGGCUCAGGGUGCGGGGCCGCUGCUGGCCAGCCCCAGCGCCACCAGCACAGGCAGUACAUGCCACACUACUACCCUUCCUGCUCUUGUGCGCACACCUACUCUGAUGAUGCAGCCUUCACUGGAUAUCAAACCAUUUAUGUCUUUUCCAGUGGACAGUAGUUCUGCUGUUGGACUCUUUCCAAAUUUUAACACAAUGGAUCCUGUGCAAAAAGCAGUUAUUAACCACACGUUUGGAGUGUCCAUUCCCCCAAAGAAGAAACAAGUUAUUUCUUGUAAUGUCUGUCAGCUUCGCUUUAAUUCGGAUAGCCAGGCCGAGGCCCACUACAAAGGAAGUAAACAUGCCAAGAAGGUCAAAGCACUAGAGGCAACGAAAACUAAACCCAAAAUGGUUUCUUCCAAGGACAGCGCAAAGGCUAACCCCAGCUGCUCCAUCACUCCACUCACAGGCAACAGCUCUGACAAAUCAGAAGACAGAGGGAAGCUAAAAGUCAGCAGUUCCAGCCAGCCGUCAAACUCUGAAGGUGGCUCCUUUCUCCUCAAAUCUGGCACAACAGCCCUGCCACUGGGCGCAGACACUUCUCCCUCCAAGAGCACAAAUGGGGCUCCUGGUACUGUCUCUGAAUCGGAAGAAGAAAAAGCCAAAAAAUUGCUUUAUUGUUCACUAUGCAAAGUGGCUGUGAACUCCCUGUCACAGCUGGAGGCACACAACACAGGAUCUAAACACAAGACCAUGGUUGAAGCUCGUAAUGGGGCUGGUCCAAUUAAGUCCUAUCCUAGACCUGGAUCAAGAUUAAAGAUGCAGAAUGGUAGUAAAGGGUCAGGACUACAGAACAAGACAUUUCAUUGUGAAAUCUGUGAUGUCCAUGUUAAUUCAGAAAUUCAACUCAAACAGCACAUUUCUAGCCGAAGGCAUAAGGAUCGAGUUGCAGGGAAACCACUGAAGCCGAAAUACAGCCCCUACAACAAACUCCAGCGGAGCCCAAGCCUCUUAGCAGCAAAACUUGCAUUCCAGAAAGAUAUGAUGAAGCCUUUGGCCCCAGCCUUCCUGUCCUCGCCCCUGGCGGCGGCCGCUGCGGUGUCCUCCGCACUGUCACUGCCACCCCGGCCUUCCGCCUCGCUCUUCCAGGCGCCAGCCAUACCUCCCGCCCUCCUGAGGCCGGGCCAUGGGCCCAUCCGUGCCACACCUGCCUCCAUCCUCUUUGCUCCCUACUAAGUCUGCAAGCCCCGAGGCGGUGGAGGCCAGUAAGUAGGAACGUUGAGAAGAAAAGCCAAAAGGAUUCAGCAAGCCAAGCAUUUUGUGUUGCAGUGGCCGCACCCAGCCACAAGAUGUGAGCCCGACUCCAGAGAACAACCAACCCAUCACUAGAUUCAAGCGUGCUUUUAGGGCCCGCUCCUGUCAUUGGGGAACCCCAGCAGCACAGGCUUUAUCUCCCUAUCCCCUCCCCCUGCCCUGCCCCAUUCAAUCUGUGUAUCUCAGAUACUUGGUUUCUGGCGACUGUAUUGGUCAGAAAAAAACAUAGACAUAUAUCAUUCUCUGACUAUUUUCCCAUGAGUGUGAUCUGGCUUAGAAACAGUAUGGAAUAUUUUCCUGACAGACUUGAAAAGUAGGGUCUUCCUCACAUGUCUGUAAAUAACUCUGGAAUCAAAUUGGGCACCUUCUAGUGUGGAACACAAACAGACGAGCACAAGUGCUAACUUGUGGGCCCCGUCCUACCAAUGGAUCACAACGUUUUCUUUCUGGUGUACUCUCGUUGACAGGGAUUGUGUACUGUUCUAGACCCAAGUACUGUUGUAUCCGGUGUAGUACUAGAUCUGUAUCUCUUGUCUGAAUUCAACACUUUUUAGUUGCUGUGUAAAUGUUAGGAAGCAAAAUAGCUUUGAAUUUUCUCGUUAAGAGAACAAAAGAUCAAGUAAUGUAUUUUUUUUUCAUUUUCCAUUUUAUUGGGUGAUAUUUAAAUGAAAUAGAAAGCCAUAUAACAUAGCUAUAAUUACUACCUGUUUGCUAUUUUUGUGUAACUUAUUUUGUAGCUUCCUCACCAGUUUGAGUUGCUAAGCAAAUGUAUACAAACAGAAAAGAGCUUCCUAAAUUGCACAUUUUUGCACCUCCUGUGCAUUCUGCAAGAAGACAAUGAAUCCAUGUAUUUCUACGUAAUUAUCUCCUUCGUUUUUAACCUGUUUUCAUUUGUAAUGAUGCUACAUAAUCUUGUGGCUCCCUAAUGCAAUAAUGUACAGAAGAUACAAAAUUUAUAAUUGAACAAUUUGUCUUUCUGUUCACUGAAUAUGUUGCAGGUCAUGCUGCCAUGCUCCCUUUCUAAGCUGGUAUCAACAAAACUGGAAUGUUUGUGAUAUCAGGGGUAAGAAGUACCAUAACACAACCAACCAGAGUGAACUCUUUUUGAGCAUCUGUAUCUGCAAUCUGUAAAUGGUAAAAUGUCUGUGUAUUUUUUUAAAUGUACCUUUUCAAUAAAAGUACAAAAUAUAAAAA